AUGGAUUCUUUUAUGAAAAAGCCAAGCAAGAAAAGAAACGGGAUUGAUCGCUUGCCUACUGAAAUUGCACUUGAUAUUUUUUCAAGACUUUCUAUUACAUCUCUAAUGCAGUGUAGGUUUGUAUGCAGAUCUUGGCAAAACUUGUUACAUGACAGAAAUCUUGUUAGUCUGCAUCUUUCUCAGGUCGAGGAACGCGAUCCUUUGCUCAUCUUUCACAGUGAUUUUCCUAUUCGAAAUCAGCUUUGUUUUGCAGAGUUUUCUGGUGCAGAUGAUGAUGCUCAAGGAAUUGUCAAGAAGAUUAGUAUCCCUUUUUCUGCUUCGAUGCCAGAGUUUACGGUUGUUGGAUCUUGCAAUGGCUUACUAUGUUUAUGUGAUUCCUUGUAUAACGAUGCUAUCUAUAUUUAUAAUCCUUUCACUAAUUACUACAAGGAACUGCCUAAAAACAGGCAAUAUGAAGAUGAAAUAGUGCUGUGUGGAUUCGGGUAUCAUCCUGAGACCAAGCAGUACAAGGUUGUUAAGAUAGUUUACUACUGGAUUGGAAAUAUUGAAGAUCAUCGUAUUCGUAGGAUCAGGACACCACUCAGAUCAAAAUCAGAAGUUUUAGUACUUGGUUCAGGGAGCAGCAGAUGGAGAAAUAUUGGAGAAGUACCUUAUUAUGUUGAAAGGAGGCCACAGGGAGCUCUUUUUACCAAUGGAAGGCUUCAUUGGCUUACGCGAGGUGUGAAAAACAAUGGUCGCGGUUUAAUAAUCAUUUCUUUUGAUCUUUUGGAUGAAAGGUUUCAUGAGGUUCCGAGACCUGAUUUUAGUAAUGCUGCUGAUGGCCGCAACUAUCUGUUAGCUACUCUACAAGGAUGUCUUUCUGCAGUAGUCUAUAAAUAUGGACAUGGAGACUUGGAGAUAUGGGUCAUGAAAGAAUAUAAUGUGAAAGAGACUUGGAUCAAGGAGUUCAAGAUUGGAGCUAACAAACCAGAGUCACCCUCUACCAGGUUGCAGCAACCAAAAUUAUGCAUUUUAGGGAAUUGA